UAAAUUAAACUCUUUUAAAACAGACUGACCCAUUUCAUCAAAUAAUAUAAAUACUCAGAGGUAAAAAAAAGCACACAAACCUGCCUGACAAACAAAGGGGAUAUCUCCUUUUGUUGUCAGAGGGAAACAAAAGCUUUCUUUUCCAAACAACUUAGCAGCCACUCCUUGAACAGGAAACAAGGGGAGUGGGAAUGAGCUGGCCUGCCGUCAGCUGUGCGAAUAUUUCCUAAAUUUUGACUGCUUUAUUCAAGAUUCGCGUACAAUCUUCUCAAUUAAUAUUUCCUUCUAUCUUCAUUGUCUCACUUCGGACAUAUUUUAAGUUAGAAAUUGCCUCUAUGAACUCAGAACCACCAGACAGAGCGUGACUCACAGCAGAAUAAGUCACGCAAUAUUUGACGGUCGUAUAAAGAGUCUCUUAUCGUGUUGGUUUUCGAUUCGUGAACACCCCUCAGUUGGCCUUCGCGGCUACAAAUGAGAAAGAUGUCUUUGAAUCUGGGAUUUUCCUACUUCUUUGACAGCGCCAUGCAAACUGCUACCAAACGUUUUGCGCAUAAGAAACUCUGGAAUGUUGUUCUUCAUGUUCUGACAUCCUGGCCAAUGGCCUGGGCAGUUCUUUGCAUUGGCCGUAACUUUUUGCCGUUCUCGCUCCAAUAUAUACUAAUUCUUUUAAAGUGUCUCCUGUGCAUUUUACAAGAGCCACCCAUAGGGUUUGUCUAUUCCAUAGUAUACAAUCUUGUUGCAUACUAUGCUGUAUUUGUUCACACUGGCGUGACCACUUUUCAAGGAUGUGUUGUCAUUGGCAUAUGUCUUGCCUUUCAAUUCUUGGGUCACGCCAUCUUGGAAGGUACAACUCUGCAGCGGCUACCCACCAAAGAAGACAACGUAUUAUUCAAGGUUAUGGAUCUGGCCAAUGAGUUCUUCUUUGCACCAUUUCACUUCAGCUUAACAUUAAUGAUCAGGUUCGAUUCUCUACCAAUUUUAAAGUGGCGUUCAGAUGCAGCUUUGCACAAACUUAUUACAGCGACACAAGAGCUCAAGUAUGGUAAAAAGGGUCCAUGAACAGUCAAGCAAAUAAAUAUACAAGAAAAAGGGGAAAAAGAAUGGACUACACAAGCUAGGAAAUAACUCUUACUGAUGACAAAUUAAGUAAAUACCAACACACACUUCCUGGUAUUGUCUUUGCAGUGAACACUAAAUUUGAACUCAUUUUAAUGACAAGCUAUGUUUUAUCACAUUAUUUUCAAAUACUUUGUAUGAAGGUCCAUUUUAAUGCAUAUAAAGCCUGAAUUUCAGCUAUCUCCUCAGGUUGCACCUUCACUCUUGAGACUGUGUGCAAUUCAAGGAGACAUUGAAAUUUUGGCCAAUACAUGCAGGUAAACAUUAGUGAAGAGAUGUAGCAUUUACAUAUAGCAUUUAAAUAACAUUAAGAGACCCUCAAAGUAAUAGAUGUCAAAGAGGGAACAAGAUUGGCAAAGUUUAGGGCUUUUCAAGAUAUACUGAAAAGGACAAGAUUGGAACAUUCUGCUGGUAUUGUUGUCACUAUCAGAUGUUCUCUGAAUGUCCAAGUUCACAUAAUUUUUCCAAGUUCGCACAAGCAACUGGUCAAAUUGCUUGCAGAAGAAAUAUUUCUGAAUGUCAUGUUAAGCAGAUUGGGAAGUCAGAGAAGAAUUCAAGACAGAAGAAAGGGCUUGCUGUUUACCAAUCCCUUGACUAAACUACAUUGAUAGCAACUUCACAAAACACAAGUUUUAUGAUAGUUGUAAGUGCAGUAGAUCUUUUUCAUCACCAUUUUGAUCUGGUAUUUUAAUUAUUUAUAAUUUCUUGUUUCCCAUUUUUACUGUGUGAAUUUACCUCAUUAGUGUUAUUUUUACCCUUUUUACUAACUUUAUAUUGUGAAGCAAAUUUGAACAUUACUCUAUGGAAUUUGUGCUAUAUAAAUAUACUGUAUUAUUAUAUUAAUCUCUGCAACGUUGUUGUAGACAGCAAGACAUUAACUACAAUUUUAGCCAUCUCCUCAAGUCAAACACUCCUGAGAAGACUAUGAAAUAAGCCCAUACUGUUGUCCAGUGGGAUGAUGCCGUUACUUUGCUGGCGUGUAAACAGGAUGUAACACAAAAUAACAUUAGGGCUGAAAUUCAGGCAAGCCAGGCAUUCCAUGAUUAUUCAUUUACUAUUGCCAUGUCCUUAUCUCCUGACCAUUCAAUUUUGAAGUCCACAAUAAUAAUGUGGACUGACAGUGAAAAAAAAAAUAAUAAUAAUGGCAAGCAAACCUAUUAUCCCUGCUACUAAUUUCAUCUUGGGUUGCUCUCCCCUCCAAAACAAAACUUGAAUGCCUGUUUUGGUCAUUUUAAAUAGGAUAUAUUAGGUUCAUCUAGGACUCAAAAGUCAACUUGAAAUUCAACCAACUUUCUAUCUUAGUACUGCUAAGUUUCAAGAUGUUUUCUCUGUUCAAUCUGUAUCUUUCAAACAGUAGCAAUAACAAAUGCUUUUCAAUGAAAGACAAAAAACCAGAAAGAAACUGACCUCUUGGGAAACUUCUUUUCAGAGUGUUAAAGCAAUGUCUAUGACUCAUAUUGUUUGAUAUAAAGUUUAUUGCUCCUUCACACAUCUACAAAUAAGACAAUAGUCAGGAUUCGCUUGUUUUGUUUUAUCUU